CAGACCAAAGAGGAGCACGGACAGCCACUGGAGAACCAAAGUACUGUAGGUUUCCGGAAAGAUUUAGUUGGGCAAGGUGGACAUUCAGAACGGACGGUAACACUGGAAGAGGAGACGCCUGGGAGAUCUGGAGGUUACGGAUUUGGAUACUUUGGGGCAACAAAUUCUGAAACCAACUAAACUAACGGUGCUAUUACUUCAUUUUGACUUUGGCUAUUUUGGCAAUAGCUUUUGAAUACGCUACCAGACGUUUUCAUAUACUGAAUAUACUGUUAAAAAAAACAUUUUUGGGAACAAGAAAUUCAAGCCGAUCAAAGUCACGUAACGUAUUUUACAACAUAAUUUUUUAAGAACAUUUUUAUUUACUUUUUCAAAAUGAGCAGUGGCGCGACCGCAGUCUCCCAACAGGAGCCCCAAGCAUUCAAACGUGCUGUGAAAAAAAUAAAAUGUGCUGCUAUGGUCGCUAAUCUAGCUAAAAGCUGGCAAGGCUGGGCUAAUGAACACUCGGUCAAACAAGAUGCUAUUCCUACCGGUUGGAUGCCAUCUUCCGUCGAGGAGGACUGUGAAAAGGCUAAGAAACAUGUUGUCAAAUUAAGCGUAACUCCGCGUGUGAUAGAGGUAGACGCCAAUGAAUCCGGAGAAAGCAAAAUACGGACAUGUACUGUUAUGAAAACUGUGCAGCCAAAACGUAGUGAGUGCAGUAGUAGUGAGGUGGUGAACGCUAUCAAAGGCAGAAUGGAGACUGGCGUAGAGGAGACCAAACCGUUUCUUGGGAAUGAGUCGCCGACCAGAAGACGCCAUAUGAGGGCACUACAGAGCGGAGGGGGGGUGGUGCAGGACAGGAAGCUGAAGCUGGCGGACAGGAAGUCGUCGAGGAGGAGCAGCGUGGAUACGGACAGUGGGCUGGGAGAGGAGGAAAAUGAGACGAAAGCUGAAAAUGAAGACAGCUUAAAGAAACCAGCCAGGCCCAAGAUCCAAAUCGCUUCUAUGGGGGACAUCAAGAGCCGGUGGCAGCAGUGGUCCGAGCAGCACGUGGAGGGCCAGAAGCUCAACCCUUUCAGCGAGGAGUUCGACUACGAGUAUGCCAUGGCCCAGAGGCUGAAGAAGGGAGAUUCUGGCUACGGGCGUCCCAAAGAAGGCUCCAAGACAGCCCAAAGAGGCGACCGCGCGCACAAGCACAUCCACCACGAGAUGGAGGAGAUGGUGUGGAUUAUCAGGGACAUGGGCUUCAAGGACAAGCAGGGCAGAACCAUCAUCUCGUUCGGGAGACUGUUUGACCGCUACGUGAAGAUCUCAGACAAGGUGGUGGGCAUCCUUCUCCGCUGCAGGAAACACAAGAUGCUGGACUUUGAAGGGGAGAUGUUGUGGAAAGGACAGGACGAUGAUGUCAUAAUUACGCUAACAGAUGAAGGGGGAGAGUGAUUGGAUACUAAGGGGUUAAUUGUAUUCUAUAGACUACUGCCAGAUAACUACAGAUACAGAUAACUUUAACACUAACUUCAUUUAACGAUGUACUAUAUAAUAUUUCUACAAAACGGUCCACAAUCUGCUUGUCUCCAUGGAGAUGUUAUUGCUUCCCUAACAUUCAGUGCAACAGUAUCUCAUUAAACUUUACUAUCUGCAUUGAGACAAGCAGGUGGUGGCAUCAGGUAAAGUUACAGGUUCAUUCUGUGGAGAAAUGAGCUCACUUAGUAUAGAAUAAAUGCCUGAUUGUAGAUAACUCUAAUGAUAUAAUGUGGAAUAUCCUGGACAAAUUACAUCUCCAUGGAAACAAGCAGGUGAUAGACCCUGAACUCACAUAAUGCAUCUUUAAUUUGUGUAUUAAAAUGGGUGUGUGGUUAUUUUUGUUGAAUUUUGUAAAAUAAACCAGGCUAUCCAACAUGCUAUUUUAAAAGCUGUAUCACUAUAUUUUAUUUUAGAACAUUUUAGGAUUAGAUAACACUUAAAACUGCAAUCAAAAUUCUCAUUUCAGAGGAAAGCUAUCUGGAGCACGCUAAUGAUGCUAACCAUCUUCACCUAUGUUAACUAUGCUACAAGCCUUUACGAUACCAGUCAUGCUUUGGAGAUUUAUACUAGCCCUGGUCAAAGCUACAAGGCCAAAAGCAUUUAUUCAAACUGACAGCUAACGGCUGAUGCUAUUUGAGACAUUUCUAAACAGGUGAGCAUGUUUGGAGUGCCCUCAGCUUGGGUCAAACAAAAUGGGGCUCAAGUCAAGUAAAAAUAACUACACACUUGACUUUUAUAUAAGAAAUUGAAAUAAUAUUCUUUUUAAUUUUAGCUGUAGUCUAUAAUUUUGCACACACACCAUGUGGACUGAUAUCAUGUGACUUUAUCAUAUAUUUAUUUAUUUAUUUAUUUACAUGCAUGGCAUAAAGACACAGAUUGGGCAGUUUAUUAAUUUAUUAUUGAUCAUGAUUGCAUUAUAUGCAUGUUUAAUUUUUCAACUUUGAAAGCAUUUAUAAAUAUUUCUUUGUUAAUUUUAUUGAAAUUGUCAUACAAGCUUAAAAUGUAUUAUUUUACCUCAUUGUGUUGUACUCAGGUUUUGUAUGUUUUUAUUAAUUUUUUUUGUCUGUUUUUUUCUUUCAAAGUGAAAGUGUGUGAAUCUUCUUACAGAAGGAUUAAUAAAUGUUGAUGAAUGCAAAAUGCUUUUAUAGUCAGUGCUGCUGUAGCAUGUUUAACAAAGCUUAUUAAACCGGACUAGACAAACAACUGGAAUAUUUUGCUGCUUUAUCAAUAAAUGUUUGUAAUACUUC